AUGUUGGACGAUCAAAAUCGCGUCCAGGAGGUGGACACCGACGAUGAAGAAGCCCAAGAUUUCGGCGGCUUUGGAGGAGGCGACGGGUUUUCUGAUUUCACCAAACGCCUACCGGACGACUGCAUAGAAUACACGAUUUUCGUCAUCGAUUCGAAACUCAAGACCGACUAUGCUCGCAGAGAGAAGCUGAAAGCGAUCCAAACAGCUGCUAAUGCUCUGCUCAAAACUGCGGACCUUAGAGAUUAUAUCUGGCAACGCGAGAAGUUCCAACUAGACCUGAUUGAUGCCAGAAUUGACUCAAACAUCAAUGGUACCGAGGCUGGAGGAAUACCCGAAGAAAAGCUACAGAUACCUGGUCACGAUUAUUACCUCCAUGGACGAACCAAUUUUGGCGACUCAAUAGCCGACGAAUGGUUGAUUGUGUGGCUCCUUCUUGAACUCAGCCAGCGGCAUACCUCGGCCUGGAUUCAAGUUCGUGAUCCGGAUGGUGAAUUCUUGCUCGCAGAAGCUGCGAAUGCUCUGCCCAAAUGGUUGGAACCUGAGCUCGCCGACAAUCGCGUGUGGAUACAUCGUGGACAACUUCACAUCAUACCACUACAACGAAAUGCUGGAAGUGGAGCAUCCGGACCCACGACUCCGGGCAUAUCUGGCAAUGUCGACGUAGCACAAGCUUUGUUGUUCUUGCAACAAACUCCCCACUCGACCAUGCACUCGCCCAUGAUUGAGGAGGAAGCUUUCCACCGCUUGCGAGACUAUCCAGCCGCUAUCGCUAAGAGCCAACAUAGUGCACUUCUAUCUGUACCUCGUCGCCUCGCCUACCUGCUUCGCCGCAAUCCAGCCUACGUAGCCCCAGCUAUUGAGGCAUUCUACCUCCGCGAUCCCAUCGCUGUAAAGCCCUUGGCCACAAAGGACACAGCAACUCUUUCAUUUGCACCCGAGGACUUCGUCACUAUGAGUGUCCGCUUCCCCAAAGUCGGCUAUGCACAGCUUGUAAGCCAGGACUUCCCUCCGCCGCCAGCUUGGGUGGGCAUAACCCCUCAUAUUCAUAAGAAACCCGUCCUCUUGGGUAUGAAGCUAUCUUGUGGUUUCGAGAUGAUGUUGCGUGAUCCUCAAAAUAAGGACAAGCGUGAAGUCAGAGAGAUGAACAUGUUACUCGAAGACGUGGAGGAAGAGGAAGAUGCUUUGCCCUCAGACGAAGAAAUCAGAUCAUGGCCACAAAACGAAGAUGACGACAAAUGGCUCGACAUCGACUUCAACGAUUUUGACAAAGAGCUCAAGGGGCGCAGUGGAGACGCAUCAGCAGGCGACAUGCCUGAAGGCCAAGGCUUUGGAGAUGAGUCGACACAAAAAGACCUCCAAGACAUGGUCUCACGAUUCGAAAAGUUCCUCAAUGAAGACGAAGAAACCGGCGCCGAAACUUUCUCCUCUGGCUCUUCAGCCUUUGAUUCAGAUGAUGAAGACGAAGACGAAGACGACGAAGGUGAAGACAAAGCCGCCUCUUUCACAGAUGCAGAGUUUGAGCAAGCGAUGCGCGAGAUGAUGGGCAUGCCUGACACAGAGAAAGAAACGAACGGUUUGAAUUCAGAAGCUAGAAAACUAGCGCUAGAGAUGGAAGACGAGGAAGAAAUGGAAAGAGAUGACGAGAAAGAAGCGGAACAAAUCUGGAAAAUGAUGCAAGAGAUUCACGAGUCAAGGAAGAACGGAAGUAACGAGAAGAGCAAGGACAAGGGUAAAGGCAAAGCAUUCACACCACACGCCGCACCGGAGACGAAUGCAGCUGGCAAGAAUGUCAGAUUUGAAGACAAAGUCCGCGAAGACAUUGAGGGCAGAAACAAGAACAAAGGCAAAGGAAAAGCAAAGGCACGACCGGUGACUAUAGAUGAUGAGAGCAGCGAUGAUGAAGAUAUGCUUGCAGGUGAAGACGGCGAUCCGCAAUAUGAGAUGCUGAAGAACAUGCUCGAGAGUUUCCAGGGACAAGGUGGUAUGGCCGGACCUGCCAGCAAUCUCAUGGGUUUGAUGGGUAUCGGCAGCAAAUUGCCGAGAAAAUAA